AUGGCUGUGGAGGACAGCAUGGUGCAGGUGAUGGUGCGGGUGCGACCCCCCACCCCUCGGGAGUUGGAGAGUCAGCGGUGGCCUGUGGUUCAAGUGGUGGACGAGCGGGUGCUGGUGUUUGACCCUGAGGAACCUGAUGGGAGCCUCAAAUGGGGUGUUACCCAUGACGGCCCCAAGAAGAAGGGCAAGGGCCUGACAUUUGUCUUUGACCGGGUCUUUGGUGAGAAGGCCACCCAACAGGACGUGUUUCAGCACACCACAAGCAGAAUCCUGGACAGCUUCCUCCAGGGCUACAACUGCUCAGUGUUUGCCUAUGGGGCUACUGGGGCUGGGAAGACACACACCAUGCUGGGAAAGGAGGGGGACCCUGGCAUCRUGUACCUGACCACCAUGGAACUAUACAGGCGUUUUGAGGCCUUCCAGGAGGAGAAGCAAUUCGAGGUGCUCAUCAGCUACCUGGAGGUGUACAAUGAACAGAUCCAUGACCUCCUGGAGCCCAAGGGACCCCUAAUCAUCCGCGAGGACCCUGACAAGGGGGUGAUGGUGCAAGGACUUUCUUUCCACCAGCCGGCCUCAGCUGAGCAGCUACUGAAGAUGCUGACCAGGGGGAACCACAACCGCACCCAGCACCCCACAGAUGCCAAUGCUACUUCCUCCCGCUCCCAUGCCAUCUUCCAGAUCUUUGUGAAGCAGCAGGACCGAGUCCCAGGACUAACUCAGGCCCUACAGGUGGCCAAGAUGAGCCUGAUUGACCUGGCUGGCUCAGAGCGGGCAUCCAGCACCCAUGCCAAGGGGGAGCGCCUGCGGGAGGGGGCCAACAUCAACCGUUCUCUGCUGGCCCUCAUCAAUGUCCUCAAUGCCCUGGURGAUGCAAAGGGCCGCAAGUCUCAUGUGCCCUACCGAGACAGCAAACUGACCCGCCUGCUGAAGGACUCCAUUGGGGGCAACUGYCGCACAGUGAUGAUUGCUGCCAUCAGCCCCUCUAGCCUGUCCUACGAGGACACUUACAACACCCUCAAAUAUGCUGACCGGGCCAAAGAGAUCAAACUCACGCUGAAGAGCAACGUGAUCAGUCUGGACAGUCACAUCAGCCAGUAUGUCACCAUCUGCCAACAGCUCCAGGCUGAGGUGGCCUCCCUAAGGAAGAAGCUUCAAGCAUAUGAGGCAGGAGCUCAGGUCCCACAGCAGGGUCUCCCACAGUCCCCCAAGUUGAGCCCUCAACAGCAACACCAGCCCUGGACCCCAGAACUCCACGUGAGAUCUGGAGAUCUUCAAGAGGGGAGCCUGGGGACAGAGGCCCAUGAACAGAGGGUCAUAGAAGAAAGCUCUUCAGACCAGGAGCAGACCCCAGAGGACAAGGACGAAGACCCUACUGAGGAGGUUCCAACCCAGACACUGGAGCAGAACCUCAGACCCUCACUGUCAGAGUCUGCUGGUCUGACCCCGCAGCCUAAGCCGGUGGCCAGCCACCUAUCACCACAGAACCUGGAUGGGGACCGUUCUAAGCAGUUGGCCCUGCAGGUGCUGUGCCUGGCCCAGAAGCAGUAUUCCCUGCUCCAGGCAGCCAACCUCCUGACCCCUGACAUGAUUACUGAGUUCGAGACCCUGCGGCAGCUGGUGCAAGAGGAGAAAGCCGAGCCUGGGAACAAGACCUCCAGGACUCUUGGCCUGGCUGGGAGGGCCCCUCUGACCCAGGAGCUGUGUUCAGCCUCAAUCCCUGGUCUCUCCUCAGCACCCUCCUCUCUCUGCCCAGAAUCUCCAGGGUACUGUGGCCCUGUGACCCGAACAAUGGCAAGAAGAUUGAGUGGCCUCAUGCACCCUCUGGGGAUCCCAUCUGAGCCUGAUUGCACCCUAGCCUCAGCAUCCCAACAGCCCACAGAGGAGAAGAAGAAGAAGAAGAAGAAGAGAAAGAGCACAAGCCUCACAGAGCCAGACAGUCCCCUGGCCCCAAAGCUGGCGACCAAGCGCCAGCGCCAGUCUUUCCUACCCUGUCUGAGGAGAGGGUCUCUGCCUAAGGCUCAGCCUUCAUGUGGGCCCAGCACCCCCAAAGGGGCAAGGGCCUCCUCCCCCUGCCAUUCCCCUCGCUUCUGCCCAGCUACAGUCAUCAAAAGCCGGGUGCCCCUGGGCCCUUCUGCUAUGCAGAACUGCUCCACCCCUCUACCUGCUCGUGACCUGAACACCACUUUUGAUCUCUCUGAGGAACCCCCCUCAAAACUCAAUUUCCAUGAAUUUGUUGGCUGGGAGAAUGUCCCCCAGGAACUGAACCGGCUGGACCAGCCCUUCAUUCCCAGUGAACCUGUGCUCCUGCUCACCAUGAAAGGCCCCAAACCAACAUCUUCCCUCCCUGGAAACUCGGCCUGUAAGAAGAAGCACACUAUGAGUUCCUCAGUCUCCCAGGGCCGCAGCCGCAUCGCCCGCCUCCCCAGCAGCACCUUGAAGAGGCCAACUGGGCCCCUUGCAAUCCCAGAGCCAUCCUUGAGUCCCCGCUGCCUCAGUGAUCAAAGGACCCAGAAGGAACUGAUUGGGACUGGAGGURUACUGUCAGCUGGAAACUGCAUUGCCAAGGUGUCCUGA